AUGCAGAACCCCAAGGACGCGGUGAUGUGGACUGAGGCCUUGGAAGGCAAAUACCACCCCGACGACGGCCGGCCGCCCUUCACGCGCGCCGACUGGGACCAACUCCUCGGCCACGUCGAGGCCGUCACCGACUUCCCCGCCGCGGUGUUUGUCGAGGAGCUCGUCGCCGCUUACCCGGACGCCAAAGUCGUGCUCACCCUGCGCGACGUCGAUGCCUGGUACCACUCCAUGCAGCAAACCAUCAUGGCGCAGACCUACAGCCCGCUCGCCACGCUGCUGGGUUGGAUCGACCCGGAGCAGUUUGGCCGUGGCAAUCGCAUGUGCCGCUUGGGCUUCGAGGCGUUGUUUCGGGGGAACUUCACCGCAAACGGCAAGCAGGCCUUCCGGGAUCACUACGCCCUCGUCCGCCGCGUCGUGCCGCCGGACCGUCUGCUGGAGUGGAAUCCCGCGGAGGGGUGGGAGCCGCUGUGUGAGUUUCUGGGGAAGCCAGUACCCGCGACUUCGUUCCCGCGUGCCAAUGAGAAGGCUAUCUUCCAGAAGAAA